GUGAAAAAAUGUCCAAAUAUAUAUUUUAAAAUCUCAAAUUAACCCGGGAAGAUAGCAGUCCUGCUAGCUCCUGACAGCUGGCGCUGGGAACGUCAACACUGAAAGGACCCCUUAGAGGCGAAUUUUGAACAGCAUACAGGAAGAAAACAUAAGAUGAGUCUUAGCGGAGAAGAAGUGAAGUACGACCUGAAUUGUUCUUGUUUUACUUAAAAAUGGACCGGUUUUCGUGGUCAAAUGGGCUUCUAGAAAUAAACGAAACUUUGGUGAUCCAGCAGCGAGGUGUCAGACUGUAUGACGGUGAUGAUAAGGCUAAGAUGGAUCUCGGAGUUGCCUUGCUGAGCACCCAUCGUUUAAUCUGGAGGGAUAUCAAAAAUCAUGAAUGCUGCAUCGCCAUGCCCCUGUCACAGAUCAUCUACUUUGAGGAGCAGGCUGCAGGAAUAGGAAAGAGUGCAAAAAUAGUUAUCCACCUGCAUCAAGUACCUGCCAACAAGGAGCCAGGUCCAUACCAAUACAGCAAGUACUCUUACAUCAAGCUAUCCUUUAAGGAACAUGGGCAGAUUGAGUUUUACCGGAGGCUCACUGAAGAGAUGACCAAGAAAAGGUGGAAGAAUACACCAGUUUCACAGCCCAUCCCCACAGGAACUGGAUCUCAGGCAGGAAAGACACGUGCAGUGGGGAUUGUUGGCAUUGAGAGGAAGAUCGAGGAGAAGAGGAAAGAAACAGACAAAAACAUUUCUGAGGCCUUUGAGGACCUCAGUAAGCUGAUGGUGAAGGCCAAAGAGAUGGUGGAGCUCUCCAGAUCUAUAGCCAACAAGAUCAAAGACAAGCAGGGAGACAUAACAGAAGAUGAGACAAUACGGUUUAAGGCAUACCUCUUGAGCAUGGGUAUUGCUAACCCUGUUACCAGAGAAACGCAUGGAUCCGGUACACAUUAUCACAUGCAAUUGGCUAAGCAACUGGGAGAUAUGCUGCAGGCCCCUCUGGAGGAACGUGGAGGUAUGAUGGCUCUCACAGAGGUGUACUGUCUCGUCAACCGUGCUAGAGGGAUGGAGCUGUUAUCCCCAGAAGAUUUGGUGAAUGCGUGCAAAAUGUUUGAGUCAUUGAAGCUCCCGUUGAGGUUGCGUGUGUUUGAUAGCGGAGUGAUGGUGGUCCAGCUGCAGUCUCACAGUGAAGAGGAAAUGAUAGCCUCAGCACUGGACAAUGUGUCAGAGAAAGGUUCCUUGACUGCAGAGGAGUUUGCAAAGCUCUUGGGUCUCUCUGUUCUUCUGUCAAAAGAGCGGUUGUUGCUGGCUGAGAAGAUGGGACACCUUUGUAGAGAUGACUCUGUUGAGGGUUUGAGAUUCUACCCAAACCUAUUUUGACCUGUUUACAAUUGAGGUGGAAUAUAGAAACAGAUGAUUUCUUUAAAAAAAAAAAACAAAAUCAGCUGACCUCUACAGGUGCAAAAAGGAACCUGCUGUACUUUUCAUGCCAUUAUGUAUGUAUCCAUUUGGUGUUCUGAUUAUAAUAGAGCACUGUGAAUCCACCUUUAGAUAUGUUUUUAUCUAGAACUACGAGCGAUACUGGACUGUUUUCAAAAUGUUUCGAGUUUCAGGUCCACUCUCGUUGGUAGAGUGACCAUCAGGUGUGUUUGGUAAUAAAUGCUUUUUGGAAAACUGCA